CAGAGUUCCGCAAGAUGUAAACAACAUAGUGAUUUGUAAACAAUAACGUCGCCCGCGGAUCUGUAAACCAGCUAGCUUGAUCAUGUUUUUUUUUUUUCUAUUUGAAGAUUAGUAGCUAUGGUUCAGAAGGUGGGAGGUCGUGAAUAAGUUGAUAUGGUUAGUUAGUAAGCGCGUUGUAUGGGUGAACGAUAUUUUGUCAUGAGAAAUCUGACAGCUCUAGCUAACGUUUGCUAACGUCGUUAUCUAGCUAACUAGCUAGUAGGCGCUAGUCAUUUUCUAGCAAGUUCUUACUAGCUACAGCUAUAAUGUAGCUACUGUGCAACCAAGUUAUCUAAGCAAACAAGUUAAUAUCACUGAAGUCACUAGAAGAUUUACCUGUGAACACCCCCCACUGUGUGCUCGCUCCAUGGCUGGCCUGGGCCGCGGCCGAGGUCGUGGCAAGGGGUACAUGAGCUUCAGUAUCGAGGCAGUUGGUAUUGGGAAAGGGGAGAACCUGCCCCCUUCAAUUCUCCAGCCUACACCUCUGUUCCCUCCCAUGGAACACAAGCCUGUCCCCUUGGUGAUGGGAGAGGAAGCAGAGUACAUGUUGGCACUGAAGCAGGAGUUCAGGGGAGCCAUGAAGAUCCUACCAUUUUAUGUCCGUCCAGCCGUCUCCAAGAAAGAUGUGGAGCGGUAUUCUGAUAAAUACCAGAACAGUGAGCCGUUAGACAACACCAUUGAGUGGAAUCCAGACUGGAAAAGGCUACCCAAAGAGCUUCGAAUCCGUGUCAAGAAGCCCCUAAAAGAGAACACCUCUCUUAGUGUGGAGACACCAGUGGACCCCAAACCCAGCAAAAAGACCCGGGUGGACAAAGAGGAGAUCAUCCAUAAACUAGAGACAUUGGAGAAGAAAGAGGAGGAAGUGACCUCAGAUGAAGAGGAAGGGGAGAAGAAGAAGCAGGCAGAAGAGCAGCAAGAUGGGGAGGAGGAGUAUGAUGAAGAGGAGUUUGAAGAGGAGACAGACUAUAUCAUGUCGUACUUUGACAAUGGAGAGGAGUUCGGAGGGGACAGUGAUGACAACAUGGAUGAGGCCAUUUACUGAUACUUUGAAAAACAACAAUGACAGAGCAUUGAGUAUGCCUAGGACCCAAGAGUCCUGGGAAAAUAUAUGUGAUACUCCAGAACUGAGAGACACUCCAAAGCUGAGAGAAUGUGCUGUUUUUCUUAGGUCCAUUUUCUUGUAUACAUGACCUGAAAUGAUCUUAACUCGACACAUGAAUCUUCAAAAUAACCCAGGAUCCAGUCAGUUCCUGACUUAACAAGAAUCUCAACAGAAGAAGCAGGUUGCACAGUUCAAACCUGCAAUAGUUUUAAAUGGCUCUUAAGUGUGGUGGUGUUAUGGAGAGAGAAGUAUGUCCUUCUUAAGCCAACAUUUUUCUCCUAACACCAACCUUUCCCCAUCAUAGAGUCUGCACAAGUAUACUUUCUUAGAGGGUUUUUAUCCAUUUAUAGAAAUGCUAAAGAACUUUGAAGAUAUAAAAUGAAGGUUUAAGACACCCAUUUUAAUGUUAUGUUGUUGUUUUAUGUAGUUUGUAUGUACCGGUAGUUUUAAAAAGUUAUGUUUUGUAAAACUUUUAUAUCCAUGUUAUAUCCCAAUCUUCUCUGCUAAGUUUGUUAUGAAAGAAGAUUUUACUUAACUCGAAAUUCUGAAACAAUAAAUGGCAGCUAAUUUGUAAACCAGGCAGUUUUAUUUUCUAUGCUACACAAACCGUUUUGGUACUAGAAGCUGUACUAGAUCACCAGAUGCUGCAUGAUAAUGCUUAUUUUACAACAAUAGGUGGCGUAGUGCUGAAGGUUGAAGCAGCACUCACAAAGUUAUCAGCAAAAUGCCAUGCUCAGUCAAUACACAUGUUUACAUAACAACUGAUCUUUUCUGACCUUGAUUUUAUAUUUUCUGACCGCUAUUUGCUGACCAGUAAUCAAAGCUGACAUAUGAUAAUCAAAGCUUGUAUAAGGACAGUGAGCACAUUCUCUGUCCUGAGUUUCUAUGUAUAUACUUAUAGUACACAAAAUAUAUACAGUACAUUCCCCCACCCUG